AUGGUGGGUCAGCUGGUGGCUCCCUGGGGUGUGGGGCUGUUCGAGGUGGCAGUGGACGGCCAGGACGCUAACGUGACGCAGGCACAGCUCUCCCGGGUGGUCGACGAGGCUCGGCGGCUUAGGCGACUGUCAUGGUGCGUGACGGUGGUGGUGGUGAGCGACAACCCAGCCUUCCUUACCGCCUUCGCCGAGGGGUCCCUCAAGGGCCGCCUCCUGGUGUGGGCUACAAGGCUCCUGGUCAUCACUCGUUUAUCUUCGAAGGGGAUCAGGCUUCUUCUAACGUCCCACUGGACUUUCUCCAUGAUGAACACCAUGGUGAUGAAUACACAAGAUGCAUCCCAAGUAUUAAGAUAUGGAGUAUACGUGCACCUGCCCUACAGCCUAUUGGGACCCCAAGUUGCUCAAGUGGCCUCUUGGAUCCCCGCCCAAGGCCUCGUCUACAUCACCCCUCUCCCUCUCUUUCCUGAGAAAUUUUCCAAUUUCUACGGUGCGAGGGUGAACGUGACCGCCCUGCCGUAUGCCCCGUACUGGAUGACCUCUGGUGAAGGCAACAACACCAAGCACUCCGGCAUUGACUACAACCAACUCAUGACUUUAUCUGAAGUUCUCAACUUUACUAUCCACGUCCUACCAUCUGCCAACUGGGAUGAGGUUACCAGCCAGGUGGAGGCCAGAAGAUCUUUCAUAGCGACCGUUGUGUACGUGGUCCUUCCUAAUCGCUUGGAGCAGUACGACUACACUCACACAUUCGACUAUUCACCUCUGUGUUUCGGUAUGGCCAAGCCCACACUGAAGCCUCAGUGGCAGAGUUUGUACUACCCGCUGGCCAACGAGGUGUGGGCCACCAUCCUGGUUACUACCAUCCUCACUUGCCUGGUCAUACUCAUGAUCGAUCGCUCAAAGGUGGUCAUAGGAGGUCAUGGUAACGUGGAAGCCUUAGCUGUGGUGCAGGAGGUGGUGGGGACACUGCUAGGUCAGGGCUUCACUGGGCGACUUUCUAUCAGUCGCUCCAACCCUGUGUUAGUAGCAGCCUGGUUGGUGUUCGCCUUCAUUGUGGCUACAGCUUACCGCGGCAACCUCACAGCCUCCCUCACACUGCCCAAGUAUCCACCUCGACCUGAAACUGUCGAGCAACUCGUCAAGGCUGUGGACAGGGCUACUAUAGAACCUUAUGGAAUCUCGUAUAAGCGCUUCUUUACCAAAUCGGACUCAAAGGUCUUCAGUGCCUUGGGGAAGCUGAUGGUCGUUGGAGUCGAUGUUAUUGACGGAUACAAUGACGCUCUGAAGAUUAAGAGCUCUCAUUUAGGUAGCCGUCAGUACCUUGAACUUAUGAUUGCACAACACUUUUCGAAGAUAGAUGGCUCUGCUCCGCUCUAUGUUGGACGGGAGAUGAUUAUUCCCGCAACUUCGUCAUGGCCGAUUCCCCACGACGCCCCAUACAAACCUAAACUAGACCACUACAUAAUGGCCAUCACGGAGGCUGGCCUAUACGAACAUUGGAGGAUGAGGUGCUGCUUGACGCUGAGCGCGAGAGUCGUACAAGACAGCGAGAGAAACUGAGGGAGAAGCUACAAAGGAAAAACUUGAUUAUAGAAGCAGAGUCUAGAGACGACA